AUGACACCUCGAGGAGGUCCAGGCAAGCUGAGGAACCACUGGGAGGAUGUGGUUCACACAGUCGUUCGUCAGGUCAGCAGAGAUAUCCCAGUUUAUGAACUCAGACCUGAGAAAGCAAAGGGAGAUCAAGAAUAUUGCAUCGCAAUCUUCUUCUGCCAUGUGACCAUCUGCCUGUUGAAACUGAAGUGCGACCACGAACAAGAAAAAGAGCUGUGGAGACAAGUGAGGAAGUGGAACAAGCUGAGGAAGAGGAUGACGAUGAUGAAAAAGAAAAGAAGAAACACACAAUUUAAUCUGCUCUUUCUUUUGUCAGAUGCUCAGAUAAGAUUAGUUAAUCCUGAUAAGUCUGAGUCAGCUCGUUGCUCUGGAAGAGUUGAAAUCUAUCACAAGAACAGAUGGGGAACAGUCUGUGAUGAUGGCUGGGACAUAAAUAAUGCUGAGGUGGUCUGCAGACAGUUAGGCUGUGGACCGGCACUGGAGGCCCCCCAAUCAGCUCACUUUGGUGAAGGAACAGGACAAAUCUGGCUGGAUCAAGUGUCCUGUAAAGGAAGUGAAAGUUCUCUAACUGAAUGUCAGCACAGAGGAUUUGGUUCACAUGACUGUGAACAUUAUGAGGAUGCUGGUGUCGUCUGUUCAGAAAUCAGAUUAGCUGGGCAUCAAUCCGGUCUUUGCUCUGGAAGAGUUGAAAUCUAUCACAACAACAGAUGGGGAACAGUCUGUGAUCAUGAUUGGGACCUUAACGAUGCUGAGGUGGUCUGCAGAGAGUUAAACUGCGGGAAAGCGCUGAGUGCUCCUCGAUCAUCUCACUUUGGUGAAGGAACAGGACAAAUCUGGCUGGGUGAUGUCUCCUGUUCAGGAAGUGAAAGUUCUCUAACUAAGUGUCGGCACAAAGGAUUUGGGACACACGACUGCACACACCAAAAGGACGCUGGUGUCAUCUGUUCAGGUGAAAGCAUCAAAUUAACUGGUUCUUGGUCCACUCGUUGCUCUGGAAGAGUUGAGAUCUAUCAUCAAAAAAGUUGGGGAACAGUCUGUGAUGAUGGCUGGGACUUAAAUGACGCUGAGGUGGUCUGCAGACGGUUAGACUGUGGGACAGCUCUGGCAGCUCCUAAAAAGGCCCAUUUUGGUGAUGGAAGUGGACCAAUCUGGCUUGAUGAUGUGUCCUGUUCUGGAAAUGAAAGAUCUAUAAUCCAGUGUCAGCACAGAAGAUUUGGGAAAAACAGCUGUAAACACAAUAAAGAUGCUGGUGUCAUCUGUUCAGGUGAUCCAAUAAGAUUAGUUAAUCCAGAUAAGUCUGAGUCAGCUCGUUGCUCUGGAAGAGUUGAAAUCAAUCACAGUAACAGCUGGGGAACAGUCUGUGAUGAUAGCUGGGACCUAAAUGAUGCUCAGGUGGUCUGCAGAGAGUUAAACUGUGGAACAGCUCUGAAUGCCACUAAGUCAGCUCAUUUUGGUGAAGGAAGAGGACAAAUCUGGCUUGAUGAUGUGUCCUGUUCAGGAAGUGAGAGAUCUCUGACUGAGUGUCAGCACAGAGGAUUUGGGACACAUGACUGUACACACAGUAAGGAUGCUGGUGUUGUCUGCUCAGGUGUGCCAGUCAGAUUAUCUGGAAGCACUUUGUGCUCUGGAAGAGUCGAAAUCUUUUACAACAACACUUGGGGAACAAUCUGUGAUGAUAACUGGGACAUGAAUGAUGCUGAGGUGGUUUGUAGAGAGCUCGGCUGUGGAACGGCACAGAGUGCUGCUGUAUCAGCCCGCUUUGGUGAGGGAAGUGGAUCCAUCUGGCUUGAUGAUGUGGACUGUUCAGGAAGUGAGAGAUCUCUGACUGAGUGUCAGCACAGAGGAUUUGGGACACAUGACUGUACACACAGUCAGGAUGCUGGUGUUGUCUGCUCAGUGAUCCUCCCAAAGCCCAGAAUCUUCAUGACUCCUGCUGGUAAAGUUGAGCGGAGAAGCGAUGUCAGCAUCACUUGUUCAAUAUCACCUCAAAGCCAACAGCUUCUACAAGGAGAAUUUACUCUGAAGCAGAUUUCAGGCUCAUUCAGUCAGACAAAACUAUCAACUACCAACUCUGCUACAUUCAAGAUCCUCCAAGUAGAUUUUGACAAGGAUGGAUUGUACCAGUGUGAAUAUUCACACGGCUCCAGCAUCUCCACAAGUGACUCUGUCAACGUCUCUGUUACUGUGUCGCUGCAACAGCCCAGCAUCUCUGUGACAUCUUCAAAUGGAGGACUGACUGAGGUUCCUGAAGGUAGAGAAAUCAUGAAGGGCUACAGCUUCAUCUUCACCUGCUCAAACAAUGAUCGCUAUUCAGGAGGAGUUUUCAAUCUCAUCUACUAUGACUCCAACAUCAAACACAUCAAACACAAUAAGACAUCUGACAGCAGCUCAGCCUCCUUUAGUUUCCCUGUAGCUGACUUUGAACACGAGGGCAGCUACAGCUGUGUGUAUGAGAUAACUCUGACAGCAGGAACAUUCACUUCUCCUAAGACGGAGUGGAUUUAUGUCUCCGUUAUAUAUUCAAGAACUCCAAUCCUGAGAUAUGUUUUCCUGCCACUGAUUCUUCUUUUGGAGAACAUUGCCCUUCAUUUCUACUAUAAGGUCAUCAAAAAGCAGAAAUCAGACAAAAAGGAGAACGAUGAGAUGGAUGUUUCCAGAGAUGAAGAAGUGGAGGCCGAGGAGGAAGCAGUCCAAGAAAUAGAAUAGAAUAGAAACACAUAGAGGACUUCAAACUUGUGUGUGUUUCUAUCUCUCUCUCACUCUCUCUCUCUCGUUUUUGUUUUUUCAUCUUUCUCUGUUUCUACAAGUGAAGUUUUUACAGAUUCAGUAUUUUUCCCCUCAAUAACCUCUAUCUUUAGCUAGCUGACAGAAUGUAUGUCAGUUUGUGAUGUCUUUGUACUCUUGAAUGUUUGAAAUUAUUUGCCACUUUAAAAAAACAAGUUCCCUUAUUUAUAGCCUCCUAUCCUGUUGCACUACCAGCAGGAAUGUAUGACAGUGAUGAGAAGGAGAAGUAUGCAGCGGGAGCCAGGGGGGGUUAAAUGAAUGACAUCAUCCAACAGUUUUUAGCUUGUAUAUCUCAGUGUGGUUUGCAGUUUGCAGGGAAGACAUGACAGGAGUCAGAAACUACAGCUGAUGAACAGUGUCUGAAAGUCAUGUCAUUAAGAAAUAGCGAAUAUAAGGAAAACAGGGGCGACUCAAGACUCACAUCCAUGCAGCUUAUAGCUUAAAAUAUAUAAAAUGUGCGAACAGAGCUGACAGCAGAGACACAGGAAGUCAGUGAGAAAGAUAAGGGUAUGAGAGGCUAAUAAACCUGAGAUGUUGUGGUUGUGUGACGUUUGAAGAUUUCUUGAACUAAGCUAAACUGUCAGCCUUUUAUUGCAACAGAAAAGUGGAGUCCACAAGUUUAGAAAGACCAAAAAUAUCUCUAACAUUAAUGUCAGCUCAGAGGAAGCUAAAACUCCUUCACAUGUUUGAUGUGAAAAUUUCAAACCACCUCUCACCAUCAGUAACAUGUCCCAAACAAAAACCCUCACUGACCCACAUUUACUUUGUUGGGAUCUGGUCACAUUAGGCUGGAUUAUGUCAGUAGAACCGACUAGACCCCCGCAGAUUUAAUCAGGCCUGUCUUUGACUCCGUCCUUGUGGCUAACAAGUUUUUGUGGGACAUAUGUAGUGUCUUCAUUCACCCAUCUGUGAAGUUACAAAGUCAAGGAAAAUAUACUAAUUUCUGAGAGCAUGUCAGACACCACUGAUCCAACAUGUGGCUGUAAUGUGCUGAGUAAUACUGACACAGCUCAGCUAGGAUCAUUGAAAUUUUUCACACCAUGUUCCCAGCGAACAACAUCUUUUGCUGAACUUGCUGUACUCUACUGUUGAGCUCUCUGACCACUGUGAUGGUUCUUUAAGUUGCUUGAAGACGUUUCACCUCUCAUCCGAGAAGCUUCUUCUGUUCUAGGGUCAAACGGUGGAGAGUCCCAGAUUUAUAUAAGUUGGUAAAGCUACGCCCCCUGCUGUCCAAGAUCAACACAGCUAGUAGGACUGCUGUCACAGAGAAUCUUAAUUAGCGGCUUUAUUUCCUGUUAGUACAUUAAAUAUUUGUGCUUUUAUUUCUGUGUUAAAUAAAGUUUGUUCGGCUGCAGUAAUGCUCAUGAUCAGUAAAAGGCUAUAGCUUUGCUUCGACUUUAGUUUCUACUACUGUGAAGUUUUUUGCAUCACU